UGCAACAGCUUCAGGCAGCUCCGUCAAAAUCGCAGUCAAAAUGUGUUUAUCUUGUCGAUGAUAAAUUAUCUCUACAGUGUAGAUGUUUUUUGGUGAGUUUUAUUAUCAAAAAAUGAUAAAACCUCUUCAGUCCAGAAGAAAGUUUGCCCAAGAUCUACAGUUUUGUGAUAUGACAUCUAUUAAGAAUCCACACCCACUUGCAAAAUCAAUUACAUAUUAAGGUGCCAGCUGUGUAGGAAGUGUGCCAGUAGAAUGGGCAAACUCUUGUCAAAAAUCUUUGGCAACAAGGAGAUGCGCAUUCUUAUGCUGGGGCUGGAUGCUGCCGGAAAGACUACUAUAUUGUAUAAACUCAAAUUCGGUCAGUCUGUAACUACUAUACCAACAGUGGGAUUUAACGUUGAAACUGUUACGUACAAAAACGUCAAAUUUAACGUCUGGGAUGUAGGUGGACAAGACAAGAUACGUCCUCUAUGGCGUCAUUACUAUACAGGAACGCAAGGACUAAUAUUCGUAGUUGAUUGUGCCGAUAGAGAUCGAAUUGACGAGGCCCGUCAGGAGCUCCAUCGAAUAAUAAAUGACAGAGAAAUGCGCGAUGCCAUUAUUCUAAUUUUUGCCAAUAAACAAGAUGUUCCAGGCGCGAUGAAGCCUCACGAGAUCCAGGAAAAAUUAGGAUUAACGAGAAUACGAGAUAGAAAUUGGUACGUUCAACCAUCCUGUGCUACUACAGGGGACGGACUAUACGAAGGCCUUACGUGGUUGACUAGCAAUCAUAAAUUAUGAACAAAUAGUUAGUCACGUUUCCAUGGUUUCAAGCGGGGAUUACACGCCUGCCUCGUGUUUUUAACUUUAUUGUUACGCAAACUGUGAGGCUCCAAAAACAAAAGAAAAAAUAUCGAAUAGAACUUUGUGUGUGUGAAGAAUCUUUAAAAAAAAGAACAAGAAACUUUUAGGAAAAAAAUGGUGUAUGGGGCGUUUUUUAGAAAAACAUCAGCACUAGGUAAGAAUUGAUUCAAAAAGACAAAAAGAAAAAAAGAAAAAGCUUAUGUAAAGUUUUGUUAUAUUUCUUCUUGGUGUCAACGUUUGUAGAACUUUGCCAAACGGAAUAGAGAGUAAGUUAGACCGAUAACGGGCGUACUCUAGUUUUUGUACAUGUUUUCAGUGUAAUGUUUUUUGAACUAGUAAUGUGCUAUACAUCUUCACGAUGUACUUUGCAUGUAUCUUAAUUUUUAUGUAAAUUUUUGACUGAAACUGUUUCAUAAACAGUAUCUGUAAUUUCUUCCAGUACGCUGCACACCUAACACUAUCAGAGAAGUUAUCAUAUAUUAUACGAAAUAUAUAAUUGAAAAGUUUGACCACACUUUAACGUUGGUCGUGAAACUUUUUUUUAUCUAUCCGGCUUCAUGUGGAGCAUUAAGUACGUAAAAUCGAUAUUCGACCAUGAGCACUUGCCUUCAUUUUUCCCUACCUUCAAUGUACGUUACAAUUAAAUAUCAGAGUAUUAUAUAGAAGAUUCUUUCCACAUCAAAAUACUAUUUACGGAGCGUGUAUCUCUACGAUUAAAAAUUUGUCACAAUGAGGUGUAAAAAAUUGUUUGUUUCAUAGUUAAUAAGGUUCUUAUAAGCUAAAGUUCAUAGGUUAAGGAGAACGAUGAAUAUCACAGGGGCUUAUUUAUUCAUUAACGUUAAUAGCUCAAAGUACCAAUAAUACAAGCAACAAAACAUAAUCUUUCAUUGUAUUAAGUUCAUUAUUUUUUCAAAAUCGAUUAAAAUUUAUUCAACAAUUUUUAGACUUUAUGCACCAAAAAAAAAAGUGAAACGUACUAAGUGUUCUAAAUAGGUACUUCUGCUUCAAAAUUAGAAUUCCAUAAUAAUUAAAUAAAUUAAAUAAAAUGCGAUUCAUUUUUAUUAGCUUGUGCGUAUUAUGAAUAUUAUCAAGAAUAAUAAAUUAGUUAUUUUUGUAUAAAUUCUCUGUUGUGGUGAAAUUAAAUUCCAUAACACCACAUUUUUCUUUUCAAGUUCGACGUUCAAUCUUGUUCAAAGGUUCCCAGCAAGUUGAAAAGUUUUCGCUUAUCUCUUUUGUGCCAAACAGCCCGGGUGAAUAAUGAAAGUGAAUCUCGUGAACAACGAUUCUUACACAAAAAAAUAAUUUUUUUAUUUAGUAGAUUAUUCAAACUUGAAUAUUUUUUUUUUGAAGGAAUUUUGAUUUGCAGGAAUCUUUGUCCAGACAUGUGAAACAUGACUCCAAUGAUUGCACAAUCAUAUGUUUAAAGCAUAGCUAAUUUUUGAAUUAUUUUACAAUUUAUAAUGUAUAACUUUUAAUUUACACCACGAUCUUAAACUUCCAUAUUCUUUCGAAAGAAUGGUGAAAUGUACAUGAUUUUUUGUAAGGGGAAAUUAAUUUCUGAAAUUUUAUUUUUUUACUUAAGUUAUUAUUUUCCAGUGAAGAGGUAUUUUUUCAAAGAGAGAGUUGCUUGGCUAAGAUAUUUAUGUUUAAGUUUAAUUUUGAGACCCGCGUCUAAACGUCCUCGUAAAGACUGGAAUAUUAUAAUAUCUUUAAUUAUAUAAUAAAAAAAAUUGUACACAUCCAAUUAAUAUGUUGGCGCAAAGGAUAUUCACGGCGUGAGUGAUUAAAAUUGUUCCACAUUAGAUUGUAAUUGUACAUAAUAUUUUCUGUACCAUUUGAUUGCUUUUCUAUAGUACACAUGGAACAAUGUAUAACUAAUUUAAUGUUAUUUAAACAAACAAAUUUAAUAUAACAUUCGGAUCUGCAAUUCAAAUCCCAUUAAUUUUUUAAAUUUUGUCAAAAUUUUUCUAUAUUUUUAUAUUUUCAAACAUUAAUAAUUUCUCUCAACAUCAUUACAAGAAUUUCUUUCGAUUUUGAUGAUCGACUUUUUCUACGUUUCUAUAUAGAUUUAAACAAAAAAAGUAACAAUAUUUCACUUUUAACAGAAAAAAACGAAAGGUUUGCAUUUUUUUUUGUUAAAAAUUGUUCCUGUAUUGGAAAAGUUUGAGAUGAAGAGACUUAUGAAAAAGCUUACUUUUGACCCACUCUGCUAGUUAUAUUGAUUCUAAAACAAAAAUGUAUUUUUGCGGAUAAAAUGAAAGUUGACAGGGAAUUAUUGUUGCGUACAUGGAGGAGACUGCGUGCCAAUGUUUUAUAUAUAUAAAAAAGAAAUAUGGACUCUAUAGUUCCGUUUUUUGUCAAAUUUUUGUAGUCUUCUCUCCGACGAAACAAGAAAACAUUUUAUAAUCUAUCCUGCUGUUGAAGUAAAUAAACCAGAACCAUUUAUCAUUCACAAUUAAA